GGUGUGGGAGUAAGUGUGAAGUCAGUCUGGGUCGUCUGUGAGGAGAGCACCACAGGGCUGAAUGUGCACCUGUAUGACUGUGUGUGAGCGGACAGCUGUGGGACACUUACUGAUCUGAGGACAGUUGAUAGAACUGAGCUGAAAUUGCAGCAGUAGUCAUGUUUUGUGCAUUUCCUGGCCCAGGGUCAGGCAGCAACUCACUGAUGUAUCAUUAUAGCAGUGGGAAAGAGGUGUACUCUCCAUCUCCAAACGCUGAGGAACCGAAAAGAGAUUCUGCUUCAUACUCAUCAUUUAAACUUCCCAGCACAAGCUUCACAAGCCCAUUUUUUGAUGGGACAAACAGCUCUACAGACCCCUGGAGCUCAGCCAGUGGGAUCAGUCCAUCAGGUCAUGGAGGCAUGCUGGGAUCCUCAUCAUCUAGCCAAUCACUGUCUGGGAACAAUGGCAACCUGCCAGCACAUGACCGUCUGAACACACUACCAAAUUCAGCACCACCUGAAGUCAGCAAGUGUCUUCCGCCAAUGUCGUCUUUUCACAGAGGAAGUGGCAGUGCUUUACUUUUUGUUUCUUCACCCCAUACUACACACACCAAUUUCACAGAUCGGCCCAUGGGUGUUCAGGGGAACACUGUUGGAGGCUCAGGGGAUGCUCUCGGGAAAGCUCUGGCUUCUAUUUAUUCUCCUGAUAACACCAGUAGCAGCUUUCCGUCCAGUUCAUCCACUCCAGGGAGAUCAUCACCUCUGGCUGCUUCUACUGUUUCAGCAGGAGCUAACCAAUGGCCUCGAUCAGGUGGACAGACAGUACUGCCAUCCAAUUAUGAGAACUCCAUGCAGUCGCUGGUGGAGGAUAGACUGGACAGAUUAGAAGAUGUCAUUCAUGUCUUACGAAACCACGCAGUGGGUGGGACAAAUAUUAACCUGACCAAUGACAUGCGCAGUCUAAUCGGACUCACGCAGCAAGGAGCAAUCACGAUGAGAUCAAACUGUCCUGUCACUGGACUAAUGACAAAUGGAUUACCAACAGAUGUGUCUGCAGCAGACCCAGGUGAGGCUGCUCAUUUGGGUACACACUCUUCUGCUUCUUCCUCCUCUUCUGAUCUGACUAAUCAGGAAGACAUCUUCAGAGCUCUGGCAGCAGGGCUGCUCUCCAGUGUGUCAUCAGGUGCUCUGGAGGUGAAAACAGAGCCAUCUGAUGUUGAAGAUUUUAGACUGCACAAGACCCACCCGAGGAACCUGUCUCACCCUCCUCAUUCUAGCCGUCUAUCUCACUCUUCCUCCAGUGGUCUGCACUCUGAUGAAGAGAGUGACAUCAGAGAGCCUGAAACACCCAGCAAUGAUCCUGCUAACAGAACCAGUAGCAUCCUUGAGGAUGAAGAUCUGUCUCCAGAGCAGAAGGCUGAGAGGGAGCGAGAGAGGAGGUUGGCGAAUAAUGCUCGUGAGCGUUUGCGUGUGAGGGACAUCAACGAGGCGUUUAAAGAGCUGGGCCGCAUGUGCCAGCUGCAUCUGAAAAGUGAUAAGCCCCAGACCAAACUACUCAUCCUGCACCAGGCCGUCGCAGUCAUCCUUAGCCUAGAGCAACAGGUCCGGGAGCGAAAUCUGAACCCUAAGACUGCAUGCUUGAGGAGGAGAGAGGAGGAGAAAGUAUCAGCCAUGACACUGGAUCCCCAGUCCAUGCAUACAGUCAUUCAUGCAACAUCACCUGAUCAAGUCACCGGCCAUCUCUGACAGCCUCUGUGUGUGUGUGUGUGUGUGUGUGUGUGUGUGUGUGUGUGUGUGAGAGAGAGAGAGAGAGAGAGAGAGAGAGAGAGAGUGAGUGUCUGGUUUAAUUCUUUAAAUAAUAUUUUAUAAUAACCAGGAAUUAUGUGUAUUUUAACAAUUUUUUGCUCUCAUCUAUAGCACUUUUAUAGCAGUUAGCUUUAACAUUGACCUUACGCAAUCCCCCUCCCAAAAAACUGUUUCACUGUUUAUAUGUACACAGAUACCUGACUAACCUGUUUUCUCAUGUGCAUAUUGCUUCCUGCAGAUCCAUUUCCAUGGGUUAUUUUAGUAUUCUCCUUCAACAGUUUAUAUAUAAUUUUAUAUUAUAGUGCCACUUAAUUACAUUAUCAUUACCAUGGACUUCAGUGCAGUAGUGUGUCUUUGAUUAGGAUCCCAUUCUGAGGAAACUGAAAUUCAUCUUAAUAACAUGAUAAGUUUGACUAGUACAUGCUGUAUGACAAACAUAAUGGACUAUGGAACCAAACAUUAAUAUUUUGUCAUACUUUUUUUACAAACACAUUUUUACAUGUUAAAUGGAAAGACAGUUGUCUUUGUGUAUACUUCCUGCAUAGAAUUUUAAAAUAAAGUUUAUGGUUGAAACAUUUUUAAAAUGAUUUUCCUACUUUUUUUUUGCUUUGGUUGCCUUCUUGAUAUUACCAAAAACAGUGCCAGGCUUCCGGUUCAGUGCUGAGCUGUUUGUGUGGUUGCUGUUUGU